GUUGGUAAUCCGGAAUAAACACCAUCCAUAUCAGUUAAUACAAAGUUUUGAAUGGUUUUGAAUCAAAAUUUCAUCAAAUUUGAACGAUUAAUUCGGAUUUAUGGUGCGAAAACUUAAUAAUUGAUACAAAUUUUAAAAUGCGGCGCAGUCAAGUUUUGCGACAUCCGGGAUUAUCAGCGACGUCUUCAUCACCAUUAAAAGGAUCUACGUUAAAAAGGACGCGAAGAGAAGUUGUAUCGGUAUCACAAAAAGCCACAGAUGAAAAUCUUAAUAUCGCUCAAAGUCAUGAGGAAAUCAUCAAAAUUUUAUCCCGCCCGUUUAAAUGCCCGAUACCCAAUUAUGUCAGUUGUUAUUCAACGAAAACCCUCGGAAUGCGAAGACCCCGACCCCGCCGAUCACUUUACGAUCCAAAUACUCCGAACGCAUUGGUCUUGUAUGUCCCCCCUGACGUCUCAGAGCACGAUAAAUUAAAAAACGGCGAUACGAUUUUAGUCCACGUCGUUGUCGAUCCAAUUUUAAGUAAUGUUUUGAGGCCACAUCAAAGACAAGGAGUUAAGUUUAUGUACGAUUGUGUCACGGGAGUACAAAUCCCCGAUUUUUUCGGGUGCAUAAUGGCCGAUGAAAUGGGCCUGGGAAAAACUUUGCAAUGUAUCACCUUGUUGUGGUCACUUUUGCGUCAAGGACCCGAGUGCAAACCAAGUAUUGAUAAGGCUAUUAUUGUUUGUCCGAGUUCGUUGGUUAAGAAUUGGGCUAACGAGAUACAAAAGUGGUUAGAAGGUCGUCUCCCCUCAUUAGUAAUGGAAGGUGGGUUAAAAAAAGAAGAAAUGAGGAAACGAUUGAUGCAAUUCGUGCACGCGUUGGGUCGUACUGCAACUCCUUUGCUUAUUAUUUCGUAUGAAACGUUUCGAAUGCACUGCGAUAUUUUGCAUCGAAGCGAGAUAGGUAUGGUGAUGUGUGAUGAAGGGCAUCGAUUAAAAAAUUGCGAGAAUCAAACGUAUCAGGCUUUGAUGGGAUUAAAGGCGAAGCGUCGCGUUUUAUUGAGUGGUACUCCUAUUCAAAAUGAUCUCACCGAGUAUUUUAGUUUGAUUAAUUUUGUUAAUGAAGGGCUUUUGGGUACCCAACAGGAAUUUAAGCGAAAAUACGAAAAUUAUAUUUUAAAGGGCCAAGAUUCGAUGGCGACAGAAAAAGAGCGCAACCAAGCCCAAGAAUGUUUACAAGAAUUAUCAGCCAUCGUAAAUAAAUGCUUAAUUCGCCGUACGAGUAUAUUAUUAACAAAAUAUCUCCCGGUUAAAUUCGAAAUGAUAAUUUGUUGUCGAUUAACCCCGCUACAAAAACAACUUUAUUUGAACUAUAUUAAUUCUGAAGAAAUUAAAUCAUCCGUCCAUAACGGUAACAUUGAAAAAGCGGUGAAAACCCCGUUUUCAAGCGCGUUAUCCAGCAUCACCAACCUAAAAAAAUUAUGUAAUCACCCCGAUUUAAUCCUCGAUAAAAUCCUUGAUGGCGAAAAGGGAUUUGAAAAAUCAAUUUCUCUUUUACCGGCAAAAAAGAAAGACGAUGAUGUCCGAUCUGAAUUAUCAGGAAAAGUAUUCCUUUUAGAUUGCUUAUUAGCUAAUUUAAAGGCUAAUUACAACGAUAAAAUCGUGUUAGUUUCGAAUUAUACUCAAACGUUGGAUUUAUUCGAAAAAUUAUCCCGAAAACGCGCUUACAAAUACGUUCGUCUCGAUGGAACGAUGACCAUCAAAAAACGCGCAAAAAUCGUGGAGAGAUUUAACAACCCCGACUCUGAAGAGUGGAUUUUUAUGCUCAGCUCAAAAGCGGGCGGGUGUGGGUUAAAUUUAAUCGGGGCGAAUCGCUUGGUGAUGUUCGACCCCGAUUGGAACCCCGCGAACGACGAUCAAGCGAUGGCUCGAGUUUGGAGGGAUGGACAAAAAAAGCCGUGUUAUAUUUAUCGGUUUUUAGCGACGGGGAGUAUUGAGGAGAAAAUAUUCCAACGGCAAGCGCAUAAAAAAGCGCUUAGCUCGACGGUUGUCGAUAAUAACGAGGAUACUUUGAGGCAUUUCACCGCGUCGGAGUUGCGGGAAUUGUUUAAGUUGGAGGAGACGGACUCGGAUACGCAUAAAAAAUUGAAAUGUCAACGGUGUAUUAAUCGGAUACAGACGAGGAAUCCACCAGAAGAAGCAGAUUGCACCUCGGAUGUUGCGAAUUGGUAUCAUUGUUGGGAUAAGAAAGGAUUAGCCGAUAUCGUUUUAAAACAAGUUUGGGAUGUCUCAAAGUAUAUUUCGUUUGUAUUUCAUCAAAAAUCGGCUAAUCAAAUUGUGAAACCGGCCCCGAUUGAAGAAGAAUUCGAUGAAAACGAAGAAAAUGGAAAAAGCGAUUCUGAGGAAGAAUGGGAACCAUCGAGUGAUUAAAAAAUGAAAACGAUAACACUUAA